AUGGCGAGUGAUGUGAUCUCCUAUAUUUAUCUAAUAGGGAUUAUCACCACAGUUGCUGGUGAUGCAGCAGUGAAAGUGAUCCAAUAUCCUGCAGAACUCACAGUAAUCCAAGGUGAAAAUGGUACAUUCUCCUGUGAGACUGCCGAAAAUCAACACAAUUCAAAUACAGAACUUUACUGGUGGAAACAAGGAGAGAGUGGAUUCCUGAAUACAAAACCUGACAACAGGAAAACAUUUGAGUCCAAAUCAUUCCACCUCCUAAACGUGAAUUUUCAAGACUCGGGAGUCUAUCUUUGUGCAGUGAUGCGUCAGGAAAAAAUAGCAGGAAAAGGAACUGGAUCAUGUUUAACUGUACAUGUCCCCCCAACCCCACUGAAGAUAUUCCCCAGAGCUUCUGAAAGAGAUCCAUCAAAGUCUCUGACUCUUGUGUGUGAAACGGCUGAGGUUUACCCGGGAGAUGUAACAUUCAUCUGGAAUAAAGAUGGCAAUGAAGUUAAAACUGGGAUAAAUUUCAUGAAAAAAAAUAACUCAAAUGGACUUUACAAAGUUUCGAGCUCUAUGGAAGAGCCAAAGCCUGUGCAGAGCGGAGUUAUUUAUACCUGUCUGGCAUUUCACGUCAGCCUCCAGACUCCAGCGGUUGCCGUCUACAACACUGCUAAAUCCAAAGGGAGUGGUUCUCAACAUCGUAAUUUCCUGAUUGGUGGAUGUGCAGGGGGAGGGCUGGCAUUUCUGCUGCUUUUGAUUGUAAUUGGGAAACGAUGCCAAUUAAACAAAAGGAAAGGCUCACACAGAAACCAGAACAGAUUGAACCAUUGUGAAGAACAGACGAAGCACGGAAAAGAGAACGAGCCGGUGGCUUAUGUUACAUUGAAUUUAACCAGUUCCAAGAAAACUCCAAGACCUAAAAGACAAGAGGAGAGGACUGUGUAUGCCCAGACGCUGCAGGGAGCAGAGAAAGAGUCGGUGACUUAUGCCAAAAUGGAUUUGAAUCGUUGCAAGAAAACUCCAAGACCUAAAAAACAAGACGAAAACACUGUGUAUACCCAGACCAAGCAAAGGGUAGCCGUGAACAAUCUGACGUGAGCUUUUGGAUUUACAUCCUACAAAAAGCACAGGAAAUCCCAGUAUUUCUGUUAAGGAUACAGCGAAUGCAGAGCUUCCUGUGAGAAACCACGUAGGAGCAGCUAUCUGCAGGGAACCAAGAGCCAAGUAAAGCAGCAGGCUCAGAAACUAAUAUUGGUGUAUAUUAGAUGUAAUUUUCCAAUUUACUGAAUGAUGUGCAUUAAUCUUGUGCUGCAAUGUUCCUUGCACCUUUUUCAACCAUAACUGCAUUUAUUAGGUUGUUACGUGAUCAGUCUUUAGGAAAAUUAUUGGAAAAUAUUGCUUACUAUAUCUUCAUCACCAUACUUAAAAUUGCAAAAAGGCAUUGUUUGUGUUAAUCUGAUAACAUCUUGAAAGAUAACCAAUUAGUUGUAUGUCUCAAUGGGCAAUUUGAAUUGCCCUUUAAUUGCUCCGAAACUAAAACUUGAAUGUAAGUUAGGAACUUCGGUUUUGUGUAAUGCAUUCAAUCAGCCUUUCAAUAAAAAUAAAACAUAAA